AGCAAAGGGUAGGGGUAGGUGAGGGUGGUGCGUUUUGACUGCUGAAAAGUUUGCGGAGAGAGGUGCGAGGUGCGACGACGGGAUAAGUCCGUUUCGGCUAAUUCGUCGUAUCGCGAGAACGAAAGCGCGGAGUGCGAACCUCGCACGAUCAGCUGGAUCUUUCGUCGUCGAAUCGUCAAAAUAGUCUGAAAUAGUCGCGCGACGACGUUUUUCCACGGCCGACACGUGGAACGCGGGGAACCAGGAUAGCGCUGUGUUACACUGCGGUGUCGCGACGAUAUCUCAUCCCUAUGGAAAUGCUCUAGCUAAAGAAAAGAUUCUGGAUCCGUCGAUAUACGAUGGAGUUUAUGCCGCUGCUCAAGUCCGUGCUAAGUGCUUGUCAGUGUCACGCUCGAGUUACUGUAUCAUAAAAUGGGUGCAAACAUCUCACAAUUAGAAAGAGAUAUUGGCUCUGAUCAGUUUCCACCCAACGAACAUUAUUUUGGUUUAGUCAAUUUUGGCAACACUUGUUACAGUAACUCAGUAUUGCAAGCUUUAUAUUUUUGUCGUCCGUUUAGAGAAAAAGUUUUAGAAUACAAAGCUAGAAAUAAGCGAACUAAAGAGACACUAUUAACAUGCCUAGCAGACCUGUUUUACAGUAUUGCAACACAAAAGAAAAAAGUAGGUUCUAUAGCACCAAAAAAGUUUAUUGCCAGAUUGAGAAAAGAGAAAGAGGAAUUUGAUAAUUACAUGCAACAAGAUGCGCACGAGUUCUUAAACUUUCUCAUAAAUCAUAUAAAUGAAAUUAUUCUAGCGGAGAGAACUCAGAACAAGCCGGCCGGAGGAAAGUGUGGGGCAGGAGAUGCUGCUGGUUCGCCACCGGAACCUACGUGGGUUCACGAGAUAUUCCAAGGAAUAUUGACCUCGGAAACACGCUGCCUUAACUGUGAGACUGUUUCUAGCAAAGACGAGGACUUCUUUGAUCUACAAGUUGAUGUAGAUCAAAACACUUCGAUCACGCACUGCCUCCGAUGUUUCUCCAAUACAGAGACCCUAUGUAGCGACAACAAAUUCAAAUGUGAUCACUGCAGUAGUUAUCAGGAAGCUCAGAAACGAAUGAGAGUCAAGAAACUACCUAUGAUCCUAGCAUUGCAUCUAAAGAGAUUUAAAUAUGUGGAACAGUAUAAUCGUCACAUAAAAGUAUCUCACAGGGUAGUUUUUCCAUUGGAACUCAGACUUUUCAAUACUAGUGAUGAUGCUGUAAACCCAGAUCGUUUGUAUGAUUUGGUGGCAGUUGUGAUACAUUGUGGAAGUGGGCCUAACCGAGGGCAUUACAUUUCUAUAGUUAAAAGCCAUGGAUUCUGGUUGCUCUUUGAUGAUGAUAUGGUCGAUAAAAUUGAUGCAUCAACUAUAGAAGAUUUUUAUGGACUUACAUCAGAUAUUCAAAAGAGCUCUGAAACUGGUUAUAUUCUGUUCUAUCAAUCGCGUGAUUGUAGUUAAAGUUUAAUAUAAAUAGCAAUUGUGAAGUUAAGCAUACUCCUGCUAAUUUUCGUAUUGUAACAAAGUGCGCGGUGAAUAUGAAUGUUCUAAUGGUAUGUUAGAUUAUUUAUGAGAAUGAUAUAUGAUUGUUUGAUUAUGGUUUGGCUCCUAGAAUAUAAAUAAGGAGAGACGCGACAUAGAAUUUCAUAAUCUAUCUAAAUUUUAUAGAAAAUUUUUGGUUUGUAUAAACUAUAUUGAUUAUUUCAGAAAAAUUGGGAGCAGUUUAUGUGUAAUACUUUAUAUAUUUAUUUAUAAUGUAUGUCCGAAAGCUAGUCCAUCUUUGGAAGAGAAUGAAUAAUUUACAUUAUUACAAUAACUUAUGUGUCCAGAUAUAGGGAGAAACGUUGGAAGCACUAUCAGAUUCUAUACAAAUGUAAAGAAAAUAUGACUGAGAAUAAAAAUAUUGUUAUCA